UGACAUUUACACACUCGCAAAUCUAUACGGUAACAAUCCCGCAUUCUACGCAGCCCAGACUCUUCCCAAAGAAAAUGGGGAAGCAUACGAAAAAAGAAUAGAAAGGAAGAAGAAGAAGAAAUAUAUCCCUAAUUGAUUUCCCAUUUCCAGAAAUUAAAAAAAUAGGAAAUUAAAUUAACAAUCUGGGCAGAAUCAAGAAUCAUGGUUGGGAUUUAAUUUCCCCAGAAUGAGUGAGCAGAAUCUGCAGGCAGUUAAUUCAUCUUCUCUGCCAAUCCUCCCUGCAAAGAGGAGGAGAGGCCGUCCACGCAAAGAUGGGAGUGUUGCUGAGAAAGUUAUAAGCAGCAGCUCACAGUCUUCUGAAACCAGGAAGAUAAUCCCACCUGGGGAAGUGAAAGAGCAAGGCUCUGAGGUGGAUGACAUGGUGGGAAGAAUGGUUUCUGGGGUAAUUGAUGGCUGUUUCGAUGCUGGUUACUUUCUCACUGUGAGAGUUGCUAAUAGCAGCGCUUUGCUUCGCGGGGUUGUGUUCCAACCGGGACGAUUUUCCCCCAUUACAGCAGCAACGGAUGUCGUUCCACAGGCUAAAAUGUUUGAGAGAAGAGAUAUGCCUGUCCCAGUUCUUAACAAUGGUGUUAUCCCCCAAUCUGAUAUGGCUGCAGCUUCAGAACAAGUUUUGCAGCAUCCUAAACCAACUUUUAGUCCCUCCAUGGUUGUUAGCCAACCUCAAUCUGGUUCUGGUUCUGGUUCUGUUUCUGUUUCUGUGCCUGCUAUGUCAAGAAGUAACUCUGUUGGGUUGUUAGCGGGGGAGAAAGCGAUGGGGCCUUCUCUGAAUCUUUAUCAGAAUCAUCAGCCUCAAUCUGCAGCCCCUCCGCCCCCGCUGGAGAAUCUUAGGAUGGUCGAACAGGACGAGGUAAUGCAGGUGUUUGAGAUUUCGACGCAGCCACAAUGGUUGUCGUCCAAGGUUAAUGCUGCAGAUGUGUCCUGCAGUGAGGAGACUGGAAGUCAGGUGUCUCAAACUUACAGCCAGAGAUCAACUGAGCCAUGUUUUAAGGCCUAUGAUUGGGAUCUCUCAAAUUCCAGGCUUUCCCAGAACCCUGCAGAAAAUCAAGCUGUUGAGUCUAAAAUGGAGGAAAACAAGUCUCCAAAUCUUGAUCAACACCCUGCUGUGGGUGCUCAACCUCAUUAUGUUCCACAGUUCCAAGAACCUCAUUCAGAAUCUAAGAACACAGGUUUGGAGUUCAUUCAAGCUUUGCCUCCAGUACUGAUUAACAGCAGGGCGAGGGCCGUGGAUUUCACGAUGGAGAAUCCAUCUGCUCCCCAGAAUGAUGCAUCUAAUGAAUCUCUCAAAGGGAAGCCCUUUGGUUACCCUGCUGAAAAUGGUGGUGGAGAAUCACAGCCUGCUGGAGUAGUGGGGACUUCAGAAGAAAAUGUGACACAUGAACAGCCUGCAGGCAGGCUUGAAACUCAGAUCUACAGUUCAGAGAGUUGCACACUGCCUGAUUUCAGGUUUGGUCUUGAUGGCAUUGUUUCACCCACAGCCAAUCCAACCAACACUCCUUAGAUGAAUGAAGUUGUAGGGAUAUGGAAACAGCUUUCUAAUGCUUAUUCUGUCUCCAAAUUUUAGUGUCACUUGCUUCUCUUUUCUGUACUGUUAAGACAUGUUGAGUCUUGUUUUUGUUUUGCUUUGCUUGCAGAUACUCCAUAUAUGUGAAUGCUAUUUCUUUUC